UUCUCUCUUUCUCACAUGCUGAUAUCUCCUCUCUUUCACUCUCUCUGUGGAGAAUAUGAAUGCACAUUAAAAGGACAGAAAAUUCUCUCCCCUGCUCUCUUUCUCACACAAACACACAGCAGUUUGUGAGACGGCCCUUGUUCCACCGGUACACAGCAAAGGAGAGGAAUUUUCUCUUCCAAAGAUGAUGGACGUUUGUUUGAAAGGCUGGCUUUGGGAAAAGACUGUCUGGAUUUUCUUUGGAAAUGCCUAUGGACUGGACAGGAUCUGAAAGGACUGAACCUCUGUCUCCCGGAGUCUCCCGAUUCUUCUGAGAGCCACACAGAGAAGAUAAGAGCCACAUUUCUGCACGGUGACCAUCCGGACACACAGACGACGACAGCCUGAAGUCAGAACCCAAACAGUCCUAUCGAAUUUCCGCACAGUUGUAAACAUCACCAUGGAAACAGACCCCUCCCUCAACUUCACCAUGCUCAACGAAUCGUCUCUACACAGUCCCGCCUCCAAGGAGUCAUGUGACUACCUCUCUCCUUCCGUGUCUCAGUACCAGCGGAGAUUCGUCCCGGUCCUCUACGCAGCCAUUUUCCUGUUGGGUUUCCUAGGCAACGCCCUGGUGGUGGGCGUGUUGUGCUGUAGCCCGUCCCACCGCACGGCCUCGGGGACAUACCUGGUGAACCUGGCCGCGUCGGACCUGCUGUUCCUGGGCAGCCUGCCCUUCUGGGCGUCCUACUACUCCAUGGAGUACGAGUGGGUGUUUGGCCGCGCGAUGUGUAAGCUGUGUGGGGCGCUGCUGUCCUUCAAUGUCUAUGCAAGCAUCUUCUUCAUCACCUGCAUGAGCGCAGACCGCUACCAGGCCGUGGUGCACCCGCUGCGCUCGCCGUACCGCGCCCGGCGUGUGGGACACGCCCGCCGUCUGUGCGCUGGCGUGUGGGCGCUGGCGGCCGUGUCCACGCUGCCCACGCUGGCCUUCCGCGACGUGGUGUCCCUGCAGGGCCUGAAUGUGACGGCGUGUGCGAUGACGUACCCAGACCAGCGCUGGCACACGGCCCUCACACUCGCCAAGAACACCGUCGGCUUCCUCGUGCCCUUCGUCGUCAUAGCAACCUGCUACGGACGCAUUGCCGGGCGCCUGCUGGCCACACCCCGCCUCCCACUCAGGGGCUCCGCCCGGCCGGACCAUGUGCUGCGCAUGGUGGUCGCCGUGGUGACGGCCUUCUUCCUGUGCUGGUGUCCGUUCCACGUGCUGGCGUUCCUGGGCGCACUGAGGGACCUGGGCGUGGAGUGGCGUUGCGAGGUGGGCCGUGCCGUGGGAAUGCUGCUCCCAGCCUCGCUCUGCCUCGGAUUCUCCAACUCUGCCAUUAACCCUUUCCUUUACUGCUUUGUCGGCAACCGUUUCCGGGAGCAGCUGCGUGGCCUCUACAGGCAGAAGGUGACGCACGUGACCCUAGAGACCCUCAGCACACGCCUCACGUCCUUCUCACGCAAACUCAGCAGUGACGUCCGAGACUCAGCCACUGUCGAGAGCCUACCUCCAAACAACGACCUCUAGGGGCUCGGAGGUUAAUCUGCAGGCUUUGGCAUUUUGCACUGGUUACAGAAUCCAAACAGCUGAUUGGAUAUUUUCUUGUUUUCUGUUUGACUGAUUGGCUGGGGCCAGGCAUUAUGCGAUGGGCACUACGUAAGGUACUAAACACUAUGUAGUGCCCUAGAAAUCCAGCAGGAAUGUGUUUAAGACGCAGGCCAGUUGGGAGGAAGAAAGGAGGAAAAAUCCUCACUCUUUGAAUUCAUUAGAACAGUGAAUAUUUACACAUCAGUACACAGGCCAAGAGAAGAGAUGUGUACAGACGUGCUAGUGACAGUCACAUGCUUGCAGUCUGUUUCUGGUUUCGGUUCUUUAUUGUUAUGUUGUUCUCACAUGGUGGUCAGUGUUGAUUUGUCAUAAGCUUCGGUCUUUAGUCCAAAGUAAUUUCACAUUCUGUUGCCCAAGGACAUAAGUGAAUGGCAGUAACAUUAGAAUUUGUACAGAAUGCAUAACAUCACUGUUAAAAACUAGCAUACACACACACACACACACACACACACACACACACAC